AUGGUUGGGUUGGUUCAGCUGCUGCUGAAAUCCAAUACUGCAAAUUCGUUGGUUGAGGACUAUGCAGCCUGCCUUGAGUUGCGAUUGCAAGAAUGUCAGGUUAUAGAGAACAGUGGUGAUGAUCCAGGGAUUCUAAUAAUGCAGCUUCUGAUAGCUAAUAUUAGUCGGCCUGCACCAAACAUUACACAUUUACUGCUUAAGUUUGAUCUUGAUACCUCUAUUGUGCGGACACUUUUACAGCCAAAAUUCCAUUACAGUUUUAAUUGCUACUCAUUGAAGGUUAUUCUUGAAAUCUUGGAGAACGCGUCAAAGCCUGAUGUAAAUACAUUGCUCCAUGAAUUUGGUUUUCAGCUUCUUUUCGAGUUGUGUUUGGAUUCAUUAACAUGUGGACCUACCAUGGAUCUUUUGCGUAACAAAAAGUAUCAUUUCUUUGUAACGCAUCUUGAUACUAUAGGUGUUGCUCCACUUCCUAAGCGAAAUAGCAACCAGGCACUUCGUAUCAGUUCUCUGCAUCAGAAAGCAUGGAUGUUGAAACUUUUAGCUAUUGAGUUACAUGCUGCUUAUGUGAGUAGUCCCGAUCAUAGAGAGGCUUGUCAGAGUAUCCUUGCUCACCUUUUUGGGCAGGAUGUUGUUAAAACUGGCACUGACAUUAUUUCUCAGUCCUUAAUUCUUCAAAAUAGCAAGGAACAUGCAGCAACCAGAACCAUCAGUAAGACCAAGGUGUUAGAGUUGCUUGAAGUCGUCCAAUUCAGAUCACCAGACACCACUAUGAAGCUUUCUCAAAUUAUUUCUAAUAUGAAAUAUGAUUUGCUGGCGGAGGACAUACUGGGAAAUCCAACCUCCGGAAAGGGUGGCAUCUAUUACUAUUCUAAACGUGGUGAUCGUCUGAUAGAUCUUGCUUCACUUCGUGAUAAACUUUGGCAGAAAUUCAACUCUGUUUAUCCUCAGUUGAGUAACUUUGCCAGUGAAGCUGAGCUGAAUGAGGUUAGAGAGACAAUUCAGCAGUUGUUGAGAUGGGGAUGGAGGUACAACAAAAACCUUGAGGAACAGGCUGCCCAACUUCAUAUGUUAACUGGCUGGUCACGUAUUAUUGAGGUUUCUGUAUCCAGAAGAAUCUCAUUGCUUGAAAAUCGAUCUGAAAUUUUAUAUCAGAUUCUUGAUGCCUCUCUUUGUGCUUCUGCUUCUCCAGAUUGCUCAUUGAAAAUGGCAUUUAUAUUGAGCCAGGUUUCUGUUACAUGCAUGGCAAAACUAAGAGAUGAUAGAUUCUUAUGCCCUGUUGGUUUUAAUUCAGAUAAUAUAACAUGUCUUGACAUUAUCAUGGUGAAACAAUUAUCAAAUGGUGCUUGCCACUCAAUGCUGUUCAAGCUUAUCAUGGCAAUUUUGAGAAAUCAAUCAUCAGAGGCCUUGAGAAGGCGUCAGUAUGCAUUACUUCUGAGCUAUUUCCAGUAUUGUCAGCAUAUGCUUGCCCUGAGUGUGCCGACAACAGUUCUUCAGCAGUUGCUGCUUGAUGAGCAAGAUGGCGAAGACUUAGAUCUCCAAAAGGUAAUAAAGGAUGCAGCUCAAGGAAGCGAACCUCGCAAGACAAUAUCACUUUAUGUUCUGGAUGUGGGUGGUGGCCAUUCGCUUGACUCAUUGCAACGGGCUUUUAAUCUUGAAGCUGAACUCGCAUUAUUUCUGAGAAUUAGUCACAGAUAUGGGAAAUCUGGGGCUCGGGUUUUAUUUUCCAUGGGUGCUUUGGAGCAUAUUGCUUCAUGCAGGGCAGUUAACUUGCAGGGAAGUUUGAGGAGGGUUGACAAAAAGCUAAUAAGAGAUGUGGCUGUGGACAUUGACAAACAGCAGAUGAUCGUAACUCCUGUGUUGAGAUUGGUGUUUUCUUUGACAUCAUUGGUUGAUACAUCUGAGUUUUUUGAGGUCCUUCUCUUAUUUUUGUCCUAUAAAGUCAAGUCACUUCCUGCUUGUAAUGAAAGGCAAAGAAAGAUAUUAACCCUUAAGUCAGGUUUAGCUACAGAAUUCAACAAAUGA